AUGUCUACCUCACCUUUAAAAGAAAGCGUUAUCCCCAAACUUCCCCCACCAACCCCAGCUUCAUUGCUGGACCCUCCGAGUCCAAGAACCCAUCGCGCGCUGAGAAGGCUUCAAUCCGCACACUCACUAGGCCAAUCAAAUUCCCAGCCAUCUCUUAUAUCUCAACAACACAAGCAAGCGAUCCAGGCGAAUCAAACAACGUCCGAUAACUCUUCAAUCCCACAACACUCCCGAGGAAGAUCUAAUAGCGAUGCGACAAACAUGAUGCCUCCAAAUUUGGGCGCCGCUGGUAGACGGCCCAUAACCAGCAGGAGACCGGUUGCGGCAGAUGCUUUGUCCUUGGAUCGAUUGAUUAGAGAUGGUCCGCCAGAUGGUGAUUUGGUUGGCGCAUUGGAAAGUGUACGGCUGAAGGUGCUUGGGCAAGGUAUCAAAAGUGAUACAGAUGGCAUGUCAUCUCUGCGAAUAUACGUUUGGCUCAUCCUCCUCAACGGCCCUGUUCUAAAUACCGACGACUACCUUUCCCUCAUUCACCGCGGUGCCUCCCCAGCCUACUCCAAAAUUCGCAACGAUACCUUCCGAACACUGAAAAAAGAUCCCCUCUUCAAACGUCGAGUCAGCGAAGCAAGCAUAAUCCGCCUUCUAAACGCUGUGGCCUGGAAACUGCAUGACGCCAAAGAAGAGCGCGCGGAGAAUUUAAGGCAGUUGACAGGUGGAAAUAUUUCCGAAGCUUCCAGCCCCGAGCUCUCUACUCCUUCAAGGUCCAGAAAUCGAGCUCUUACGUUGACAACUGAGGGUUCUGAUGCUGGAGGCUCGGAGCCAUCUAUUUACGUCCAAGGAAUGAAUGUCAUAGCUGCCCCAUUUCUGUACGCAGCACGCAGUGAAACCGAAGCAUUCGCAGCCUUUUACCGCUUAAUCACAAACGAAUGUCCUGGUUACGUCCGAAGUGCUAUGGAUGGAGUUCACAAAGGGCUUGCGCUAGUCGAUAAGGUGCUUGCGAUUGUAGACCCGAAACUAAGCAUGUAUCUCAUUGGGAAGGGGAUGAGUGCCAAGAUCUACGCAUUUGCUUCAGUCACUACGCUGUGUGCUUGUACACCACCGCUACCACAGGUGCUGAGAGUCUGGGAUUUCUUAUUUGCAUACGGUGUGCACUUGAAUCUCUUGUGUAUUGUUGCACAGCUUGUUAUUUUGAGGAAUUCUAUUUUGAGUUCGCCAAGUCCUACAAAGAUCCUCAGGCAGUUUCCACCUAUAACGGCUGAGACCGUUAUUGAAGUUACGCUGAGCAUUGUGAAGAAGAUUCCAGAUGAUGUGUUUGCGGAGAUUGUGACACAUGCCAAGUAG